AUGUCUCUGCUCGCCCGACAAGCUGCAACUGCCCUCCGCGUCGUGCCACGCGCCGCGCGUGCCUCGCACUUCGAUCAUGCACACCCACCGCACAUGCCCUUUGCCUUUGGCAGCAAAGCCACGUUCCGCGCCAAGUACCUAGCCUUCGUCGGCUUCGGCUUCUCGCUCCCCUUCGUCGCGGCAUACUGGCAGCUCUCCUCUACAGGCGCAAGGCCUCAGCCGCUCUAUGAAGACGGCGCGUACUCGGAGCACGUAUACUCGCCGUACGACGCUAUCGUCACGUAUUGCGAGCGCGGCCUGAGACGUAAGGUCUGGUGAAGACAUUCGUAUCGUAUUAAUAGAAGGGAAUAACGAAUGUGGGGGUGCCGCCGUCGAAAAGAGAUCGAACGUGGACUUUCCAUUAUGUAUUAUUAUCACCGCACGCUAUUUCUCGUCCUCCUAUAUACGGCUUUCCAACACUAUCCCAACACGACCUCGCGCAUCGGGCUGUAUUUUCUGACAUUGUACAGGCACGUCUGGCGAAAGAGGGUACACGUGACAGCCCAGUGCACUGCAUGGUUGGUAUUUUUGUCCCUAGCCACAAACUUCAUCUACGCAAAUUGCUUUUAUAUUUUUUCUACUUUUGUCCCAGUUA